UUGUUGUAUUUACAAAUGGCGGCACUCGAACAAAUUUUGUGAAUUACCGAAUUAAACGUCGCCCAUUUCUUGUAACAAAACUCACAUCUUACAAAAUGUCAUUUGUAAGAGUUGGUGGGAAGAAUGCUGUCCCCAGAAAAAAGAAAACCUUAAAAAUGAAACCAUGGGAUGAUACAUUAAAUGACUUGGAUGCCUACAAAGCAACCCCAGAUGAAAUUGCGUAUCGGAGGGCAGCACACCGAAGCAAACAUGCAGUCAGUGCACAUCUUACAAGACCUGGAUCAGCUAAAAAAGGGAAAAGAUCUAGUCCAUUCAGGAACAAUUCACAUGCAAGGAAAAUUGCCAUCAUGAAAGAAGUUCUCUAUGAUCAGAGACAGUUGCAAGAUGUCCUGGAAAAGUCUGAUACCAUGAUGGCUGUGGUCAAAGACCUGUUUGGAGAUGAUCCAAGGAGAUUUGAAGGUUUCCCAUCUGUAACAUCUGCCCCCAACUCACGGAAAGCGGAUGUCGCAUCUUCCUUAGUUGCCUUGCCUCCUGAAAUGAGGACGCGGUCAGAGGAGCUCAGUGACUCCAUGAUGAAUGCAUCCGCUCUCAAUCAGCUGCAGGACGACUCGGACCUUGAUGAUUCUCACCCGGCCCCCCUCAACUACCAGCCCAAGAUCAACAUGCAGCGGUUCCAGCAGUUCCUUGAGGCGGAGGAGAAGAACACAACGCUGAGCACAAUCAAUGGACAGGCUGGCCUUAGUCACUUAGGUCAACUCAAUGGUGCCAUACAGAGCUCACACCUGCCAGACACAACUGGCAACACUUUCAGGGAUGCCUCCCUCAGGACUCCACCAAAGGCUAAGAAGAAUGCUGAUGAAUCCUUGGACAUACUGAAACCGCCCAAAUCUGCCAUGAAUGAUACGGGGAAAAUCAACAAAACCAAGAAGCGAGUACCAAAACCCGAGCCUGUCCUCAACACAUCAAACCUCACUCUCAAUGAGCUAAGAAAGGUUUUGGAGACUCUGGAGGACGAGAUUGCAGACUUUGAGCAGAUAACAGGACGACGACCACCUGCUGAGCGAAAUCGACAGGAGACAUUCUCUGGCUACACGCUGGCGAUUGUGGACUCAGUGACAAAGCUGACCCGCUACCUUCGGGAUUGUGAGCUGCAAUUGCGAGCCGAGGUCAUGGUUCGGGAACAACUCACAGAGGAUGUCGUACAAUUUCGUGCCCUUGUGGAUGCUCUAACCUCGGAUAUCAUAUCAACCCAAGAAGAGUUUCAUAAGAUGUCAUUUGAAUUCCAAAAGUUUAGACUGCAAACACAGGAGGAAAUGAAACGAUUGAAGGGUGGGCAGACAGGUGAUGUCACAAGCCUGGCCCAGUCUGUGAGCUCCCAGCCCGGGGACCCCCAGCAGACAGUCACUCCACCCAGGCACAACCCACAACACUCAAACACAGCACCUAGUCAGCAACAAGCCCCUGCCCAGCAAAAUGGUGUCCCCAUGGCGUUUGGAGAUCACCUUAAAGCGAUGCCUGCUGCAGUCAUGUUGUCUCCCCCAGUGAGAAGGUCAAGAGUUACGGACCCUGACAGGGAGGCUGCCAUGAGCAACAGGCCACAACAGGGUUCCUUGCUGGAUGUUCAAGACUAUGUCUCUGGUGAACCUAGCACCAACAACUCUGCUCUGCAUGAUGAUUAUGCUGACCUACCGGGCUCGGGCCCCACGAGCCUUGCUCCUCUCCUUAACCAGUUUCCCGAACCAUCCAAUCGUGCGACUCUUGCCAAGCAACCACAGCCCAUAAACCAGCAACCCAAGUCUCAGGCACCUGCUUCCAUAAACUCUAUCAGUGUUCCCAAACCUACACCUCUUGUGCAGAGCAAUGUUGGUUUUUCGUUAGAAACAGGGGCAAGUUUUAGUGGAACACAAUCUUUCCCACAGCAACAAAACCAGCCUUUUACUGUUGUGCUUCAGGACCGACCUCAGACAUUCCAGAGAUCAAAUGCUCAGCCAGUGAUUACAACUGACCAAUUCAAAACCUCUGUCAGAUCAAAUGACCAGGUGUCUGACCAAUUACAAGCCUCUGCCAGGUCACAUGACUCCCAGGGCUCACAAGGAUCAGGACCUGACCGGGAGUUCCUCGCCUCACAGAUUGCUGCAUUAAAUAAGCAACAUGGUGAAGCACAAAAACGCCUUCAACAUUUAAUGAUUCAGCAACAGUCUAUGAAAGAUGGUGCUGAAAACCAGCAGCAUCAACAGCAACAUGUGCAACAAAGACAGCAGCAUCAACAACAGCAGGAAACAGUGAAGAGUCAGCAACGACAACAAGUGGUGGAUAAUCAACAGAGGAUUCAACAACAACAAUUGCAAUUUGAACAACAACAGAAACUCAUUGAAAUGGUUGUUCAGCAGCAGCAAAAAAUUCAGCAACAACAGCUUGAAAAACAGCAGCAACAAAUGCAACAACAACAGAUGAUGAUGAAACAGCAGCAAGCGAUGGUGCGACCAAACAUUCCUGGCCAGGCUGGUGAUGGAAGUGAAGAUCUAAGGAAGUCAGCAGAGUACCCAGGCUACAGGCCCUUGCACAAAGUCAGCACUGGUUUGCCAGAGUAUCCAGUCUCUCCAAACAUUUCCCCCAUCUCGGACAAGUCUUACAGUUACAGAAAUGAGUACCAGUCUGUAGAUAGUGAGCCCGGCAUGGCGCCAUCUGGGAGAGGCAUUACCGUUUCCUUGCCAACUGUUGAUAUGGACCAAUCAGAUGAAUGUACAUACCCACCCAUGUCUGCUAGAUAGCUGCAUGUUUUUUGGCAUACCAGAUGAACAUGUACUAUAAAUGCUAUGAAUGGUUGAUGUGCUAUAUAUUAUUGUCAGAUUAUUAAGCGUUUGCCAGCUUGUCAGGGAUUUAAAUAGUAUUGUUUUCUGUUCUCUGACUUCAGUUGAUACCAAUACAACGUGAAUUUCUUUUUUGGAAAUGUGUAUCCAAAUGUACUGCAAAGACCAACACUUUAUCCAACCACUGGUCAAGCAUGUUUCUUAUUUACACAGUUUAUGUUAAUAUACGUGGUAAUGUUUUAGCGAAGUCACGCUACACUUGUUUUAGUUAAUUAUCACUGACAGUAUAACUUUUAUGUUAUUUUGUUCAAUCACUUGACCUUUUGUAAGAUUAAAAUAUUUUUAUCUUAAAUAAAAUUUUAAAUUGAAUUCAAUGGUACUAAAAAUUAUAGGAUAAUCAAGAUAUUCAAGAACUACAUGAUUUCGGGAUGAAAUAUGUUAAUAAAUUGACAGAAAAUAUCUAUUGUAAGUGUUAUUUGCAAUGGCUUUCAAGAAACUUGAAGGUCAAAAUAGAUUUCGUUUUAAUUAUACAACCUUAAGUUCAGUUUGAAUCUUUUACAAUGGCAUUAGACAAAACACUGAGUGUUUUCUCUGUGCAUUUCUGAUUUAUGCUACUAGCCAACAAAACAUUGUAGGGUUGUAAUUAUAGUCAACUUAUAUGUUGUUAAGUGUACUGUUGACCAUAUUGGCCAAAUAUUAAAGUUAUUGUUGAGUAAGUCUCAACUACAAAUUUAUUAAAAAUGGUUAUUCAAUAGAAAUAAUAUAUUGAUAUUUUCGUUAGCAACAAUAUAAUAUUUGAUAGCUUCGAAGUAACAACACUGUUACAAAUUGAGAAUAUGUGUACCUUUUUUAUUUGUGCGUUUUUUGAUGAAUGACAGUGUGAUAUAUUUAUUGUAUUCUUGAUUUUUCACAGUUAACAUUUGAUAGAAAUAAACGAUUCAUGUACUA